UUGUGUUGUACCCGGCGACGUAAUCAGUUGCGCAUGUGUCCAGAUUCAGGUUCUGCACGCCAUUGUGGAAAAUAGUUACUUACACAUUAUUGACUCUUAAGUCUGAGCUAGAAUUCCUAGUUGACUUCCCCGAGUAUAAUAACUGAAGAAGAAACUGUCCCACAAUGGCUACGGACUCCUGGGCUGAGGCAGUGGACAAGCAAGAAGCUGCGUUGGACUCGAUGGGAAAACUUCAAUUAAAAGAGAAGCCAGAAGAAAAUGGCACGACCGCAAACGCAAAAGACUCCGCACCUGCAAAGUCAGAAGGAGAGAAGGCGGCAGAUGAUGACGAAAUUGAGGACGUAGGGGCACAGUCUUUGUUAAACAAGCUGAUUCGAAAUAAUCUGGUCAAUACAACAAAUCAAGUGGAAGUUCUUCAGAAGGAUCCGAACUCUCCGCUUUACUCCGUCAAGUCUUUUGAAGAAUUAAGGCUUAAACCACAGCUGCUUCAGGGAGUGUAUGGUAUGGGUUUUAAUCGGCCAUCAAAAAUCCAGGAAACUGCCUUACCGAUGAUGCUGGCUGAACCUCCACAGAAUCUGAUUGCUCAGUCUCAGUCAGGAACAGGGAAAACAGCUGCCUUUGUUUUGGCUAUGCUCAGCCAUGUCGACCCCAACAACAAAUACCCCCAGUGCUUGUGCGUGUCACCCACCUAUGAGCUGGCACUUCAGACUGGCAAAGUGAUUGAACAGAUGGGCAAAUAUUACCCUGAAGUCAAACUAGUCUACGCCAUUAGAGGAAAUAAAUUGCAGCGGGGCAUGAAACUGCAGGAACAGAUAGUUAUUGGUACACCUGGUACCAUGUUGGACUGGUGCAGUAAAUUCAAGUUUAUUGAUCCCAAGAAAAUUAAGGUGUUUGUGCUCGACGAGGCUGAUGUUAUGAUCGCCACGCAGGGUCACCAGGACCAGAGUAUACGCAUCCAGAGGAUGCUGCCCAAAAACUGCCAGAUGUUGCUGUUCUCAGCCACAUUUGAAGAGUCGGUGUGGAACUUUGCUCAGCGCAUUGUGCCUGAUCCCAACAUAAUCAAGCUGAAGAGAGAGGAGGAAACACUGGACACCAUUAAACAGUACUAUGUGUUGUGUAACAGCAAAGAAGAAAAAUUCCAGGCUCUCUCGAACAUCUACGGCGCCAUCACCAUCGCCCAGGCCAUGAUCUUCUGCCAUACAAGGAAGACAGCAGGCUGGCUGGCAGGGGAGCUGUCCAGAGAAGGCCACCAGGUAGCGCUACUUAGUGGAGAAAUGCAAGUGGAGCAGAGGGCUGCAGUCAUUGAACGCUUCAGAGAUGGAAAGGAGAAGGUCCUGGUCACCACAAAUGUUUGUGCUCGAGGUAUUGAUGUAGAGCAGGUUUCUGUGGUGAUCAACUUCGACCUGCCAAUUGACAAGGAUGGUAACCCCGACAACGAGACAUACCUGCACAGAAUUGGCCGCACAGGUCGAUUUGGGAAGAGGGGAUUGGCCAUUAAUAUGGUGGACAGCAAGAUGAGCAUGAACAUCCUCUACAGGAUCCAGGAGCACUUCAAUAAAAAAAUUGAAAAACUGGACACGGAUGAUCUGGAUGAAAUUGAGAAAAUUGCCAGCUAAAUAAGGUGUGUUCACGCGACGGAUGCUCGCUUCCCUCCCCCACGUCUUCGCUCUCCAAGGACUGUACGCUCCUACAAUUUUAUUGCUUUUAUUUUAUUUUUUUUUUAGCUGUCGGAGAAAAGAGCAAAACCACACACAGCAUAUGUUUACAUGUGGAUAUGUCUCCUCUCAGACAAGUGUUUUGUAAGUCUCUGAUACAUACCCUAUUUCACUCUUUGUACUCCUUUAAAUAAAGUGUAUGAGUUUAAUGCUGUGUAUUGUGAUGCUGUAAAAGCAGGCAUAGUCGACUCAUUAUUAUUUUUAAAUGGGGGAGAGGGGCGGGACGUUUUUUUUCUUUAAAUUUUAAGCCACUGGUGGCUGUAGUGGUGGCAUGAUACAAGCUAUUCUGUAAAGAGAUUCACAAAAACCCUAAGAGAAAAACAAAAAUACUCAUUUUAUGUGCCACAAAUGUUUUAAAAUAUAACUGAAUGUAACCGUAUCAUGUGGACUAUUACAGCUUUUAUCGUGCUUUGUUAUGACUACCAAAAUCAGUACAAAGGGUGAAGUUGGGUAUGCUGCUCCAAGUUGUAGUUUUAAUUGAUUGUGUCAAUGAAAUGGUGAUGGUUGGGGUUCAAGGGUCUAUGCAAACUUAUCAACCUGUGAUAGCUACUAUCGAACACUAUCAACCUGUAUUCACGUGACACAAAUUAAUCCUGAAAUAACCUCAGCUUUAGCAUCAGGGUGUGUAGUCAAAUGCCAAAAAAGGCUGCCUAGAGUGAUAACGCAUUACUAACUCCAAGUCAUGGACAUUUAGAUGUUUCUGUGUUUAGUCUGUCAUCGGCCAACCACACAUCUCACACGCAUGCUUUUUAUAUCUUUUUUUUUUUCUUUCUUUUUUUAAAUUUAAACGUGAGGACGAGCUUGGCGUCACUGCUGAGCAUUAAUCAUUAGUCUUCUUUCUUCCUUCAUUACUCAUAAAAAUCAGAUUUUUAACUGAAAAUGUGACCAUUACGGUGAUGUUUCCUUUGUGUAUCGCUGUCCCCACUCAAUCGUUGCAAUCAGGGUUUCAAGUUUGACUUUAGCUCAGCUACAUUUCUUCACCCAGACUGUGCUGUUAUUAAGGAUUGUGAGUUAAAAAAAAAAAUUACGCAAUGCCUUCCUCAAGUGCAUUAUAUAUACAUAUGAUUUUGUUAUUAAUAUUUAAGCUAUUGGGCUUACAUUUCUGACUGACACUUGAAAUUUUGAUUAUAUAUUGAAUUAUGGGCGUCUUUAGGAUGUGUGAAUUAUCUUCUUGAAACCAAAUGCUGAAUUGACUUGAGGACCUAUGCUAAUCAGAUUUACUAUGUUGCUCUGACAUGGUCGCCUGGAUAGGAAAUGUGUACUUGUGUACAUAUUUACAGAAAAAUUGUUUAAAAAAAAAAUAGUGUUACUGAAUUUUUGAGAUUGUCACUUCUAAGAAGUGCAGAAACAUUCCUCACGAGGUUCGAUUUUGACAGACGCAGCACUUCAAAUCAGUUAACCUUGCAACAGUUGGGUGACUGUACAAAAAUCAAGAAAAACAAAUGUGUGAUGUCUGGUGUAUUUGAUCACUGCACUGGAAGAUUAAGACCGGUGACUGGUCAAUCUGAACCUUCUACAAACCUCAUCUGGCUCCCAGCGGCACAGAGAAGACUGUCGGUGGUAGUGCGGAUUUUAUGGACUAUUUAUGGACAACUUGCUGAAAAAUCACUUAAUGAACACAUGCAGCCAAAUUGGAAGGAAGUGACCUCAAGUGUGAGAAUCCGUAGGAGUGGUCUGUGAAGACUUUUGGAUAAAGAAUAAGUGUAUGCAGUUUUAUUCGGACAUUCGGAUGUAUACGUUAUCAGUGAGUGUGUGCACUUUGUUGAUCCAUAA